AUGACGUUGCAUCGACCACAUAUACUUGCGAGUGCAGAAAGCCGAAAGGCUGCAUUGGAAGCGACACUGGCCACGUUAGAAUCACAGCAGCGAUUCUUCGGGCAAACGAGUGAACAUCACUACCCCUUGUUUGGGCUUGCGUUCUAUACUAUUGACGCGUCUAUCCUACUAUCUAUCAUCGUGGCAUCGUAUCCACCCCACGGUCACGAACCGAGACAAUACGUCUACCAUGUUCUGCAGCAAGCAAUCGAGCGACUAUCCUACGUACAACCCUACAAUCCAAUUGCCAGGUCAGGAUUGGGCAUCGUUCAGCGAUGUUAUGAAAAGUUGAAGGAAGCCUGUCACUCUCCUCCCAACACUUCUGCCACACCGUCAUCCUCAGUUGUAUCUCCUCGGUUCGAACUACAGAGUCUCCGUCAAGAAUUGAGUCAUCGGAAUAGUGUGCCAGCGAACGAUGUCCAGUCACCUCCAUCCCCUUCUAGUGGACCGGAAUAUCUUGAUCUAUUAGCACCUGCGCCUUCUAUGAUACCCGAUAGCUUCAGUGAGGCAUACUGGCUAGACCAGUUAAACCUCAUCCAACCAUCAUCAGCCAUUGGACAGGACCCCGACAUGUUUUGGGAUUCCUUGCUAUUUGAUCGCAAUAUCUUGUAG